AUGUCGGAUCAAGCCCUACACGAUUCGACGUUAACGCAUGAUGCGCCUCCGUCGAGCGCCGGUCGUUCAUCCCCUAGCCACGGGGGCGAGCAGACCCAGCCGACCCACGAGGCCAUCUCAGACGAGCUGAAAGCCCGCCUAGACAAAGUUAUCUACUCUGAUAUCGGGAUAACCACACUCCUGACACGGCUGAAGCAAAGCGUGGCCUCCGCCAGGGAUUUCUCAACCUUCCUGAAAAAGCGAGGCUCCCUCGAAGAAGAGCACGCUCAGGGGCUGCGAAAACUGUCCCGCGUGAUCAGCGAUGUGGCGCAACGCACCGACAACCGACAAGGAACGUACAGUUCCAGCUACAAGGACAUCCACCGAAUCCAGGAGCGAAUGGUCGACCAUGGCCUCCAAUUCGCCGUCUCCCUCCACCAGAUGUCCGACGACCUGCACGAGCUUGCCGGCAACAUCGAGCGCGGCCGCAAGCAAUGGAAACAGACGGGGUUAGCUGCGGAGAAGAAAGUCGUCGAUGCGGAAUCGCUGGCGGAGAAGGCAAAGGCCAAGUACGAGUCGUUGGCGGAGCAGUAUGACCGUGUGCGCACGGGAGACAAGCAGGGUGGAAAGUUCGGUCUCAAGGGCCACAAGUCUGCGGCGCAGCACGAGGAGGAGCUGUUGCGCAAGGUCCAGCACGCGGAUAGCGAUUAUGGGUCUAAGGUUCAGGCGGCGCAGACGGCGCGCCAGGAGCUGGUGUCUACGCACCGACCUCAGGCUGUACACAAUCUUCAGCAGUUGAUCGCUGAAUGUGACUCGGGCUUGACCCUGCAGCAGCAGAAGUUUGCUACUUUCAGCGAGAAACUGCUUCUGGGCCAAGGUCUUUGCGUCAGCCCAUUGAAGACCGAUGCGAGCGGGGCAUUAGGACUUAAGAGCCUUGCCGAUGUUGUUCGCCAAGUCGAUAACCAGAAAGAUCUCCAUGAGUUUAUUUUAAGCCAUGAAGGCAACCCGGGGGCUGUGGCUUCCGAACCUGUCAAAUACGAGCGCCACCCUACACUCGGUGGUGGUGGGUCUGUUUCUUCUGCGUCUGCGGCAGCUUCGCAGCCAACGACUCAAAAUAGGCGCGGGUCAACCGUACUGCCGGCAUUCACCUCGAAUAAUGUCACCUCGCCGGUGGUUCAGCCACCGCAGAGCGGUGAUCGGUUGCCACAGCCACAGACACCUUAUGCUCCCCAGCCGGAGAAGACCUUCACCCCGCCCCCAGCGGGUACAGCUCCCUACCCAGUGUCGGUACCGUCUGCUCCGGAACCUGCACCCAUGAUUCCGGUGCCAAUGGCCGGACCUCCUCCAAUGGACCGGAGUCUCCAAUCAAAUCUUCCUCCGUUGAAGCCAGUAUUCGGUGUUUCGCUGAACGACCUGUACGCCCGGGAUGGAACGGCAGUUCCGUUCAUUGUGUACCAGUGCUUCCAAGCAAUCGAGCUGUUCGGUCUGGAUAUGGAGGGCAUCUACCGACUCUCGGGUAGUGCUAAUCAUAUCAGUCACAUGAAAGCCAUCUUUGACAAUGACUCAUCCCAAGUCGACUUCACAAACCCGGAGAACUUUUACCAUGAUGUCAACAGUGUUGCAGGACUUGUGAAGCAAUUCUUCAGGGACCUUCCGGACCCUCUGUUCACUACUCAGUUCUAUCAGCAGUUUGUCGAUGCCGCCCGCUUCGACGAUGACAUCCAACGCCGAGACUCGAUGCACGCCCUUAUUAACAGUCUGCCCGAUGCUCACUAUGCUACCCUCCGGGCCAUCAUUCUGCAUCUCAACAAGAUCCAAGAACACUAUACCCAGAACCGCAUGAACGCGGGCAAUCUAGCCAUUUGCUUCGGACCCACCCUUAUGGGCGCUAAUUCCGGCGGCAGCAUCGCCGACGCUGCAUGGCAAGUCCGUGUCGUCGAGACGAUCCUGAAUAACACAUUCCAGAUCUUCGACGACGAUUAG